UUGAGUAAGGAUUUCAGGAGAAAUUUAGGGGGAAAUUGAGAAGAGGUAGGAAAGGACAGCUAAGCCCAGUGUGUGCUAAGUCCUUGGCUGAAUGCAGGCAUGCAUUCAUUGGAGAUGAUGAUACAUAUGAGAACAUUUUCAGUCAAGAUUACAGUUAUGUCCCUACUAUGGGAGCGUGGAAAAGAGUCAGUAUGACCAUGAGUCCCCAAUCCGCUAUUAAGAAGCCUCAGAGGUAAGCUUCCUCAACUCCUAUUGAUAUAGAAACAUAGCUUUCUAUUUCAUUAUUUAGCUUACAGGAAUCUGACGUUUUAGUAGGAAGUCUUGUUUUCGAGUGAACUCAGUGACGAGCCAGCCUUCUCUUAAAGACAGAGAUGACGUGAUUAACAAGUCGCUUUUAAGACUGAUGAGAAGGUUCUUCACGACUAGAUACAGAGAAGAGUACUCGCGCAUAAGGUUCAUCAACAAGGAUAAGAGGACUUUGUACUACCGCAGUACUUGCUUCCUCUUCGUGUUCAGGUUGAUGAAGAACAUCCAAGGGGUCUGAGUGGAUAGUCUAGUUAAGGACUGCUUCUU